AUGGAACGCGACCGGUUCUGGCAACACAAGCAGGACGUGCGCGUGGUCAAAGCCAUCGUGAGAACGACGCUCGACCCAGACUUGGGCGCUGGCGUCACCAACGACGCCGACUUUUGGCGUUGUGUGCACAACGAUUCCAUCUUUUCUGGAUGGCUACCCCGCGAUGUCCGGCAGAUAUGGUUGAGCGAGUACCCAGACCGCUGGCGGGCGAUCCAACCCGACCUUCGCCGCUUCACCGAGUGCUACACACCGGUGCAGUCCAAUGGCGACGCCAGCGAGAAGCAGGACGCGAUCAACGCAGCCCUUGCGCGCUUCAAGUCCGAUUCGAGCGGCCGCAGGGAUUUUGAGUACCUUGAGGUCUGGCGCUGGUUGCAGGAGUCGGCGGAGCGGAUCCGUGACGUCGUGCCGCGCAUCUGCGCAAUUGCACCAGGGGUCCAGGGACUCAUGCAUUCGCUGCAACAGUGCAUGCUACCACUUGUGCCCCAAAAACGCCGGCUCAAGCUCAAGGUUGCAGCCUCCACGCAGCCGAUGAAGAAGCCCAAAGUCGCAAGAGCCGACUGUCAAACGUCGAAACUCGACGUUUUGAAGCGCCGAAAUGAGCUGCUCAAGGCGCACAACCAACUGCUUCGCCAAGUUGCGGGCGUGCAAAAGACGCUAGCCGACGAAGCCGCGACGGCACUGUUUGCGGACGCGCCAUCCGACGAGCGAGACGCAUUCUUUGCGUUGCAGCGGCGCGUCAUCAUGGGGCGUCUACAAAAGCACGGACGGGAUUUGGACAGCGUGGCAGUGUAA